AUGAAUCCGGCAAGAUAUCCUCUCACAGAAAUAUUUCAAAUAUUCGUUAAUUUAACCAAACAUCAAUCCCUCAUAAAAACAGAGGCUGCCUCUCAACGAUGGUCAACCAUUGGUGCUGUUCUGUCAUCCAUAGGAACAUGGAUUGCAUUUGGAUCCAUGGCUUAUCAUCAUUCAGACAUUGAACAUCGAAUAGCUGAAGUUAAAAUGAAGCGAAAUGCUUUAUUACAACAAAGAAAUGAAGCGAAAUUAAAUGAAAAUUUAAAUGAUAUUGUAAAUACAGUGAAUAAUGAAUCAGAUUGGAUGAAAGAUAAAUUACAACCUCUACUUAUACCCAUGUUCUCAGGUUUGACUUUAUUUUUGGGUUUUUAUUUUUUAGGAAGAAGACAAGCCUUUAAAAAGAAUUUAGCAAUGAUGAUUAAGGAAAGGCACAAACAAUUUCCAGACGAUCCCUUAUUGGCAUCACUAGUUUCUUCAUCCUCAAAUUCAAAUCGUACAUACAAGCCUUUAUCUGCGAUUAAAAUUAAAUGA